AUGGCCGAGUUGCCACGACAAGGCAAGCAGUUGCCAAAGAGGCAGAAGCCUUCACGACUCAGACAUGAAGUACGCCCCGAGUCAACCGAUGACGAGCGAGAUCGCAAGAAGCCUACCCCCCAAGAACCUGACAGCGAUGCAAUUGUUCCUGAGACUCAGCCGAAUCAGGACGGACACUACAUUCGUGAUGACUUCACUCCCGAGCGUGAGCCGGACCUCGACGAAUUGCUUACUAGUCCCGGUACUGCAGAAUUGUUGCAGCGCACUGCAGUAACGAAAAAGGCGGACACUCAUACAUCAUCCUGGGUUCCAUAUGUUUUCAGCACUCGCACCAAGGAAACACCCGGGUUGAACAAUCCCUCUGGUUCAGCAGAUGUACCGGCGUUCGCUUUCACACGUUCGCAACCGAGCCAAGUCCCCAAGAAGGCAUCCCCCAAGGACGAAGCACAUACCGCCAGAGCUGUUCCUCAUACUGAGUCGACAAUACCAGAUGUCCACAAGCAUGUUGCUCAUGCAUCUCAGGAUGCCGCUUCAGUACCACAACCUACACACGUCUCACCACCAAUCUUUCCGGGCAACGACAAUCGCCUUGAGUCAAAUUUUGCUGCGAAUCAGAAAGAACAUCUCUUCCCUUCGCUGGCCGUUGAUGCAUACCCACCACCUGCCCAAGCGGCCACGACGUCUGAGAUUCCCCCGUCCGCACAGCCCGAAGCAAGGCCAGCUCCUGGAACUAACAAGGCUCGUAUUGUCAAGAAGAGCAAGAAAGGAAGAAAAGGACAGCUCUCUCAGCAGCGUGAAGGGCAGCGACCUCCUCGAUCAAACGUUCUGGCACGACACGCUCAGCAGGCCAUGACGACGGGCAAACCAGUAGCCGAGACAUUCAACAACCCCCUUGCUACCGACGAUACAACAGUUCAUGCCUACCAAUCUCAUACAGUACAAGCAUCUGCCCCUAUCAAUAACCCCGAUGGACAUACAUACAUUGAGUCCCCGCUGAUAAAAGAGCAUGAGUGUGUCGCUCACGUCAAGGAGUCCUGCAACACCACUCAGACCAUUCCGGACACGACCUUCCAGGACUUUCCAGAUUCCUCCGCUCAGCGCGAGUUCCCCACGUCCUCUAUGUUUGUGAAAUCGACUUUGCCUCCGAAAGUAGAUGAUACGGAGCGCGAGCAACAGCCGCUCGCAGAUGUUCACGAUCAGGAUCGCGGGCUGACCUCCGCCGAAGAACGUACUCCACUGCCGGCUCGGGACUCUGGUCUUCAUAUCCCAGACAAUCACGAGUCGGUUGUUAUAGCCACCCAGUCCAAUCAACUCCAGCAGCCCGAAGUAUCUGCAAGCAGUCAACAGUCUGCCCCACUGCCAAAGGAUUCUGAAGCUGUUCUACAUCGCAUCUCCCACCAAGACGCAUUUCACCGUGUGGCUAAACCUCGAAGAAAGCUACGGGCCAGUGGACCGGUCCCGAACAACCCUCAGGAGCAGGCCAUCUCUUCCGGUCUUGAUCAAGCAAUUGAGAGCGUGAGAGUGGCGAUGCUGGCUGACAAAUUCCGGUCCAAGCAUGAAAGCAUGAUUAUCGCGAAGCAGCGCGAGGUAGAAAUUGCUGGGCUUCAGGGCACGAUCAACGACCAUGUCCAGACUAUCGCAGAGCGUGAUGAGAGCAUUCGAAGCCUGAAAGAAGCUUUCAGUCAACUCACCGACAAGGCCAAAACCAACCAGAAGUUUGUGCAUGGCCUUCAGCAGGACUACGAGAAGCUGCAGAAGUCCGCUACGAGCUUCCAAAAGCAGAGCCAGAGGACACUGACAGAGAAGAUCACCGAACUUGAGGAUGAAAAGAAGACGUUGUACCGCGAAUGCGGGACUGCAAUUGACAAGCUUGAUGCGACUCAACACAACAUGAAGUCCGCGCUCGACGAUGUCUACGCGCGGUUCAUCUUUUCGGAGUCAAAGAGGAGAGAUCUUAUCGAAAACCUGGGCAAGCGGGAUGCCGAAAUCGGAGAAGAGCGAAGAAAACGCGAAGAGAUGGAAAAGCAGCUCCUUUCUUGCGUUCAGAGUAUUCCCGGUCAGAUCAUCGUUGCUUCUGGUGAUUUGACCAAGAAGUUGGAAUUGCUUCAGACUGCGAUUGAGCAGACUUCUGCCCAUGACGACCGAGAUGCCCAGGUCAAAGAAUGUCUCGAUGCUUUGCGAUCCCUGCAGAUGUCGCCAGCUCUGACAACUAAAGACAUUGAGAAGAUGGAGAGUCUUGGUACCCUUUCCGAAACCAUAAAGAGCGAACCAGCCCCUGACACAGAACUCCGGACUUUUAUUGGAGAGCGACUGAACAGCCUUCAGAAAGCGAUGCUGAGAUACGAUGAGGCUACUACCGAGAACCGCAAAACGCAUGAGCUAAACGUUUCUCUCAAGGUGAAGCUUGAGGAGCAGCAGCAACAUUCCCAUCAACUCAGCGAGCAAAUCAAGGAGCUCAAGCAGUCCGAGGUCAAUCUUCGGGCCCAAUCCGAUCAGCUGGAACGGGAUCUGAAUGAACUGAGAGUUUCUCCCCCCGUCCCACACGUCGACACGGAGAAGCUCGAGCGAGAAGCUGUUGACCUUCGCCAACAGUUGAAGAAGGUCGAGGGUGACCUGAAAGCUGCCAAUAACAAGGUCGAGACGAUUGAGCAGGAAAGAGAUAUGUACAAGAGCAACUCCGAGGAUAUCAAGACGCAGCUACUGGAACUGGAGCAGAAGCAUAGGGUUGAAGACAAGGUCGCCAUACGAGAGGAGAUCGUCAAAGACUGCGAGAGUAGAUUCAUCGAGAAAGAACGCAGCUUGAAGAGCGAAAUUGAUCGACUCACGACUGAGCGCGACGAGAAAGAAAACGCACAUCAAGAAGUGAGCACCAAUUUGGACGCCGCGUGUACCCAGAUCGAUCAGCUGGAGGACAAGAUCCGCACACUUGAACCGAAGGCGUUGGAAAUGACAAACAUCCAAGAGCAGCUACGACAGACGACCGAAGAGCUUCACACCAAAAGUAGAGGCCAUGCUGAGUUGAGUCGCCGUUGCGAGGAGAACGUCGAGAAGAUCUCUGAGCUUCAAGGUCUGCUCGAUAAAUCACAGGCCCAAGCAGUCGAGCAACAGACGACGAUGCAAACUAUGCGCGAAGAGGCUGAUACUACACUUGGCAAAGUACAACAAGAUGCAAGCAAUACGCUCCAACUGUUACACAAUCAGAUUUCUAAACUUCAAGAGGAAAAGAAGGAUGUAUCGUCCAGAGUUCAGCAAGCCCGGACCAAUGAGGGCAAACUGCGACAAGACGUAGCCGAACUACGCGCCGCAAAGGAAGCAGACGAAUCCCGAUGCCAAAAAGAUGCCGAUCAAGAGCGCCAGAAGCUGAUUGAGCAACAUCGCACCGUGAUUGAUGACUGGAACCGUCGUCUGACCGAGAAAGACGCUGCAUUGGAGAAAGCAGAAGCGGAUUCACGGCUCGCGGCCGACCAGUUCAAAGCCAAGCUGGCAGCUGAUCGCGAAAAGGCAGAGUCGAACAUGCAGAAACUCGAACGACAAUAUCAGGAUGUGAUCAAGGCUGAACGCGAGAAGGUUCGCCGCAAUCAACAAGACGGCUCCCAAGUACAGGGUGACAAGAGUGUCAUAGAGGAUCGACGCGAUGCUGUACAGGCAGCGAAGCCCCGGAAGAAACUUCAACGACAAAACCACUCGGUGCUCGACGGUCUUCAUGGUCAGAUUCCUCACUUUGAGAAGCCAUCAUGGGCCUUGGACGCCGAGUUCUCACAGACUCAGCUUGACGACGACGACUUGUUUGCGACACAACAUGACACUCAUGAAACCCCCAAUAACGCAGACAGCAGUGGUCACGAACCUGGGACGGCUACAGAAACUCAGGAUCUUGGAAGUGCAUCUAUCUCGCAGGAUAUAUUCAACAUGCUCCGACCGUCACAGCAAGAUCCCAAUCGCCAAGUCUCAAGCUCGCUGAAUUUGAGUAGCAUAUCCCUCGACGAUUUAGCAGCGCUGGAUGAGACCCAACCUGCGUCAGGUGCUAUGCUUCGUGGUUACGUUCGUGAUUCUUCCAAUCAUGCUUCAACCCACGCAAAUGCAAAAGCAACGCCGGCAGUCGACAACGUAUCUGUGGCUGGCUCUCACUCAUCUCGAUCAUCCGGACGACCACGAUCGCAAGCCAACACAGCGUCGCGGAUGAUGCCACCUCCUGGUAAUGGCUUCAGAUACUCGCAGUCUGGUACUGGUAUCCAUAGGGAAGAGCGUGAAGGCUCCACCCGACAUACUACGUACGGAAAUCCUUUGGAGAUGCUCGGCGGUAGCAGCACACAUGCCUCAGAUCCUAGAGAUCAGACCAGGCCUUCGUCACAGCAGAUCAACAACCAGUAUGACCCUCGACGCUCUGCCCAACCCGGAUCGCAGCACGGCGUGACGCAUCCCACGAAGCAGGGUUACACCGAGAAGCGUAAGAGUAGCAGUGACUUGGCGGAGAAGGAAUCGGCUUCAAAGAAGCAGCGAACCAGAUCUCAGUCGCGCCCAUUGAACUCCUCUACUGAUCUCCCUGGAAAAUCUCCGUAUGCUUCUGGGAAGUCUGCCUCGACUUCGCGCCCGAAAGCACAAAAGACUCUGUUGUAUGGGCAGGCAAGUGCUUCAACUUCGUCCCGAUCAAAGACUCCUGUCGCUUCCUCCCGUGUGCGUGGUCGUGUCACCCGUCAGGCUCCGUCUUCUAGUGGUGCGUACUCCCCGCGUGGCCAGCCUUCAUCACAGAUAUCCACUGGUGGUCCGACCCGUCGAACCUCGACCCGUCUUACUAGGAGCCAGAGUAAGGACGCUCGCUAUGAACUUGUAUCGAAAUGA